AUGAGAGCUGCAAGCGGUAAUAUGGAUCCUAACUCAAAGAGAUUCCUCUAUCGUGUUAAUAAGGAAGAAAAUCGUAAAGAAUUGAAACAUGUUAAGAUCGAUGAAUCUAGUAUUAUAGCUUCAGAUAGUGGCAACAAGUCUAAGAAGAAUAAGAAAAACGGUAAUAAGAUGGAAUUACCAAAGAAGAAAUACUACAGACAAAGAGCACAUUCUAAUCCAUUCUCAGAUCAUCAAUUGGAAUAUCCAUCUUGUCCCGAAGAUAUGGAUUGGAGUAAAUUAUAUCCUGCAUUCAAGGAUGAACAUACAGGUGAAAUGACCAAAGAGGUUACAAUUGCAGACAUUGGUUGUGGGUUCGGUGGGUUAAUGAUCGAUUUAUCGCCUGCAUUCCCUGAACAAUUGAUUUUAGGAAUGGAAAUUCGUGUACAAGUGACAAAUUAUGUAGAAGAUAGAAUUAUCGCAUUGAGAAGUAAUCAUGCUAAAGAACAAACUUAUCAAAAUAUCAAUGUCCUUAGAGGUAACGCUAUGAAAUUCUUGCCAAAUUUUUUCCAUAAAGCUCAGUUAUCCAAAAUGUUUUUCUGUUUCCCUGAUCCUCAUUUUAAACAAAGAAAACAUAAAGCUAGAAUCGUCACUAAUACUUUAUUAAGUGAAUAUGCAUACGUUUUAAAGGAAGGUGGUAUCAUAUAUACAAUCACCGAUGUUGAGGAUUUACAUAAUUGGAUGGUGAAGCAUCUUGAUGAACAUCCUUUAUUUGAAAGAUUAAGUAAAGAAUGGGAAGAAAAUGAUAAAUGUGUAAAUAUUAUGACUAAUGCUACUGAGGAAGGUAAGAAAGUAGCAAGAAAACAAGGUGAUAAGUUUGUUGCUUGUUUUAAACGUUUGCCAAACCCUGAAAUCAUUUAA